GAAUGUUUAGAUUUUUCUUGGCAACGUGAACCCAGAAUAGUACGCAUCACGUUCGACAUCACUUCCUGUUUAGUUAAUGGAUGGCGCUUACAGAAUUUUCACACCACCAGCAUGUCGAAAAGAAAAGUAACGUUCGGGGACGGUGAUGGUGGAGAGUUGUUGGACUUGGACGAGGACGUCCCAAAGAAAAAGUUAUGCGAAGAUGUGCUUGGGCCAGGCUCCAGGUUCAAGGGAAAACAUUCUCUGGACAGUGACGAAGAGGACGAGGAAGAUGGAGAAAAGAGCAGCAAAUACAACAUGCUGGCCAGUGAUGAUGUGGAAGGUCAAGAGGGAGCAACAAUUGACUGUGAUGAGGGGGUUCCCAUCACACCCUUUAACCUGGAUGAGGAGAUGCAGGAAGGACACUUUGACUCUGAAGGGAACUACUUUGUUAAAAAGGAAGAGAUGAUCCGGGACAACUGGCUUGACAACAUUGACUGGGUGAAAAUACGAGAGCAACCUGCAAAACGAAAAAAGAAAGGUCUGGCGGCCAAAAGGAGAAGGAGAAUGGGUGAUGAAGAUGAGGCAGAGGAAGAAAAGCAGAGAGAAGAGAAGCAGGCGGACAGUGAUGAAGGGGAAGACAUGGAAGAAGAAAAGGAACCUGCAGAGGACCCUUUGGCCUCCUACAGCCAGAAUCAACUCACAGAAGCUGUAUUGGAGCUGCUGUUACCUGGGGAGAGUGUUGCCGCUGGUCUGCGCCGGCUUGGAGGCCUAGGUGGGCGGAAAAAGGGAAAACUAAGGGAAGAGAAUGGCAAAGCUGAAGAAACCAAUAGAGAUACUGAAAAACUAGACAGGCUCACAGCACUGGCAGACAGACUUGUUGGGAGUGGGGUGUUUGAAAUAUACCAGCAGACAUAUGAAAAACUGGCCUACGUAUUGAAAAAGAAGAGCCAGUCACAGCCAGGUGUGGGGAAUAAACGUGGAGAGGUGGAGGAGGAGGAAGAGGAUGAGCUUGACAUGUUCGCAGACAAAAUUGACGAAAAACAUGGUGUCAAAGCUCCGGAAAAAGAUAAUGCUGAUGAGACAGCGAGUGACGAGGUGAUGUGGGAGUAUAAAUGGGACAUAGAGGAGAAUUCGGAACUCUACGGUCCCUUCAGCAGUCAGCAGAUGCAGGGUUGGGUGGAUGAAGGCUAUUUCAAAGAUGGUGUUUACUGCAGAAGGAUUAGACAAGGAAAUAGUCAGUUCUACAAUUCCAAAAGACUAGACUUUGAUCUUUACACAUGAUUUUGAUCUCCACACGAGUUUGGCUCUAUCUUGCUUGCUUUUACACACAUCCACAUUUUCUGUUGUCUGAUCUUUCAUUGUGUGAAGCCUAAAUGUCGUUUUAAAAUAAACAAAUAUUACUUUA